AUGUAACUUAUCUGUGUUGUUAUUCCAGGUGCAUAUCGUCCAUGUUCCAGUGUGAUGGGGAAGUCGACUGUGCACAAUCGGAGGACGAAACGAGAUGCAAUUACAUUUUACCAAAGUUCACCAAGAGUGAAAAUGUAUCAACGACAGCUGUGAUCCGACAGACAUAUGGUACUAUUCCUGUAGAACUUUGUGCUAAAUUUUGCUUUGAGGAAAAGAAAUUCACAUGUAACUUAUUUUCAUAUCGAAAAGCGUGGAAAUACUGCUAUUUAUCUUCAAAAGAAAAUCAAGUCAGCAGCUGGACCUCUAAUUCUGACUACGAUACAUAUGCACUAGGACCAACAUGAUCAGCGCAGUACACUAUAACACAAAGAUAACGAGCCUUACAACCAGCCAUGCACCGAAAGAUAUCCGGUCACGUCCAGGCAAAUAAGCUUCGGUUAUAUUUUUUUUAAAUAUUGACCCUGUUGAUGUAAUCUGUAAAGUGAGAAGUCGAUGCUGUUUCAUUUCGUACCAACAUGUUGUGAAAGAAGUUACACACGGGAACUUUUACGGAUGUGAAUAAUUGUAUUUGUACACAGUCUUGUUACAUAAAUAACUUUGCAAUAGAAACAAAGUUUGAUGUUUGUUGAUGAGUUUAGAACUUAAUAAGUAUAUUCUGGGCAUUUACGCAAAGGCUCCUGCUGUUAAAAUGAAUGUAAAGGGUGUGAACAGGACAUGUCGUACCAUAAUCACUUAAACAACUGUUUAUCAAUGCAAGCAAGUGU